UUUUAACUGAAGGAAAAACGCUGUUGUCUCCUUUUUAUUUGCUUCUAUCAUUUUGAGAAACUAAAGAGCUAUGGAGAGCUACAGACGCCCUGCAGACCCACCACCCAAAACACAUGGUUUUAUAUUUUUGUCUCUUUUGCGUAGAAGAAAAUAAUGCUGCAGUUGGAGCAUCUCCACUUUUAGAAACUAAAUGACAUUUAUUAGGCUUUGGAAACACUGGACUGUGAAAGUUGUACGUGCUCAUUUCAGAAGAAUUGGAGAAAAUUGGGAAGCACUGAGAGGAGCCAAGAAUCACCUGAUUCCCACAACCCCCCGAUCACCUGGUGUCCGCCUUCAAGGCUUCUCAGCUGCAACCGUUUUUUUCCCUCAGUGGCACUGCAGGACGCUUCCUGGCGGUCAGCACGCGCCCUCCACAGCUGGGCUGGGGCCCCGGCCCCCCGUGCUCACCCUGAUCUCCUUAAACCUCUUCUGGACCCUCUGGUUGAGUCCCAGUUUUCCGUAUCGUAAAUAACAUCGCAGCGAUCGUCCCAUUUGUGCGUCGUGGUGCCCGUCUCGAGUAUUUUCUGAGGCUAUGCUUUAAAAAUACCACUGUGGGAACACAGGGCUUGUGUUUUCUGGGGCUUUUUGGUCUCAUCUUGAGCUGACUGUGAAGCAUCCUUUUGGGUGGCUGAGUCGAUGCCCUGGGGCAGCCUGGCUUGUGGCUGGUGAAGCCUGUGGGGUGGAAGUCAGAUGUCCGCCUCUUGGGGCCAUUGCCCCGUCCGUCCCCAGCCCUGUUUACGGGGCCAGCCGAGGCCCCGGCGAGGGAGGGAGGGAGGGUGGGCUCAGCCCUGCUUUCCGGUUCUCAGGACUGACCCCAGGGCACGGGGUCCAAGGGCUCAGACUCCAGCUUCUCGGUGCCGUCUGCCCCUGGUGUGGCGCAGCUCCCGGGACCCCGGGACACGCAGGCAGCGUACCCCCAUCUCCCAGUGACAGGGAGGCAGGAGGUGUCUGUUCUUUGAGGGCCUGGAGGGGAGACGUGGGAGCACAUGUGGAUGAAAGGAAAGUGGCGUGGAUUUCUGUGGCUGCAGUCACGGCCCCGCGCCUGACACCCCCUCCGGUGCCUCCUGGGGACAGAGGUGGAGGAGGCAGCUGUUGGCGGCUGCUGGGGUGCUCCGUUCCUUAGCACCCCCAGCUAGCGCCCUGAGCACCUGUCCUGUGCUCUCCCCCAGAAGAGCCGGCCUCCGCGUGGCCCAGAAGUGCCUGGUGGCAGGCUUUCUGUCCGCAGACUCCCUUCUUUUCCCUCUGGCCACUACGGCUAAUAGAGAAGAAUUUGCUAGAAGUGAGGAAAGGAAACCUGUCAAAGCUACCCUGCUUUGUUCUUCACGAGCUUACUUUCUCUCCGAAACACGUUUAUCACAUUUACUGUUUUCUCUGGUUGAGCCCAGCUCUCUCCUUUACCAUUUGUCAGAUUUCUUUAUAGUAGCAGACGUGCAGACCCAGCCACGGAUCCGCCUCUGACCCACGGGAAGAGGGCAGGACAAGGACCCAGAGAAGUGAUAGGACGCGGGGGCUUUGAGUGACUGCCUCUUUCAUCUGGAAAUAGCGUGGGGUCCGGUAAAUCCACUUGGACGUUUGUGGGUGCGGUGCUGCCCCCCACCCGUGAUGUCCCUCCGGCGCCUGCUCUGUGCUGCGGCCUCCCGGCGGCCGGCUCCCGUGAGAUGCAGACGAGGCAGCCCCCUGCACACGGCCCCGGCGGCCUGUUCGGACAGGAGUGCCCCCGUGUUCAGCCGGGCCCUGGCCUUCGGGGACCGGAUUGCCCUCGUUGACCAGCACGGCCGCCACACGUACAAGGACCUCUACCACCACAGCCUCCGCCUGUCCCGGGAGCUGUGCCGGCUCCUCGGGUGUGCCGGCGGGGACCUCCAGGAGGAGAGGGUCUCCUUCAUGUGCUCCAACGACGUCUCCUACGUGGUCGCGCAGUGGGCCUCGUGGAUGAGCGGGGGUGUCGCCGUCCCCCUCUACAGGAAGCACCCACAGGCCGAGCUGGAGUAUGUCAUCCGGGACUCCCGGAGCGCCGUGGUCCUUGCUGGCCAGGAGUACGUGGAGCUGCUGGGCCCGGUGGUCGGGAGGCUGGGGGUCCCACUGCUGCCCCUCCCGCCCACGGUCUACGGUGCGGCGGCCGAGGCGCCCGGGGAGUGGCGGGUGCCGGAGCAGAACUGGAGAGACAGAGGCGCCAUGAUCAUCUACACCAGCGGGACCACAGGGAGGCCCAAGGGCGUCCUGAGCACUCAUCACAACAUCAGGGCCAUGGUGACGGGGCUGGUCCACAAGUGGGCGUGGACUAAGGACGACGUGAUCCUCCACAGUCUCCCGCUGCACCACGUGCACGGCGUGGUCAACAAGCUGCUGUGUCCCCUCUGGGUGGGCGCCACCUGUGUGAUGCUGCCCGAGUUCAGCGCAGAGCUGGUUUGGGAAAAGCUCUUAAGUUCUGAAGCUCCACGAAUUAACGUAUUUAUGGCGGUGCCUACAAUAUAUGCCAAGUUGAUGGAUUAUUACGACACACAUUUCACUCAGCCUCACGUCCAGGAUUUUGUACGUGCGGUCUGUGAGGAGAAAAUUAGGUUGAUGGUUUCGGGGUCCGCCGCCCUGCCCCUGCCUGUGCUGGAGAAGUGGCAAAGGGUGACCGGCCACACUUUGCUGGAACGCUAUGGGAUGACGGAGAUCGGCAUGGCCCUGUCCAACCCCCUGACCACGGCUCGCACGCCAGGUUCCGUGGGGACCCCGCUGCCAGGUGUGGAGGUACGCAUUGUCUCAGAAAACCCCAAGAAGGAGGGCUAUCCCUACGUGCUCCACGCAGAAGGAAAUGAGAAGGAGACAAAGGUGACCCCAGGGUUCACAGAGAAGGAAGGAGAGCUCUUGGUCAGGGGGCCGUCCCUGUUCCGUGAAUACUGGGACAAACCAGAAGAAACCAGAAAUGCCUUCACCUGUGACGGCUGGUUCAAGACAGGGGCGUCCUGGCCCCGUACGCCGUGCCCUCUGAGCUGCUGCUGGUGGAAGAGAUCCCACGGAACCAGAUGGGGAAGAUCAACAAGAGAGAUCUCAUCAGGCAGUUCUACCCGAGUGACCAGGGUGCCCCGAGGCCAGGCACCGAUCCGACGUGACCCCCUGUCGCCUCUGCUGCGUCCUCACAGCCACACCCACACCGAGCGUAGCUCCCUGUGCUGCCGUCUGCUGGGCGGGUCCCCGCAGCGUCCAGCGGCACGCCCCAGGGCAGCGGGCCUCCAAGCAAAAUUCAGUAAAGUCUGUGCAAAGACAAGCAUGUGCCGUGCUGUCUGCCCAGGGGCGCCGGGGGGCACCGCAUGCCGGGUACAGAAGUCCUGCCUCUGUGUGCACAGCCGAGUGUCUCCCACACUCUGGGCUGUCCAUGUGGCCUCCCCAGGUGACCUGUGACCCCUCCAGGCCCUCCUGGCUGGACACCCGACUGCUCAGAGAAGCCAACCGGGAGAGUGGGCCUGGGUAUCCUGGUGGGGACAGCCCGGCACCGUGAGCGCGGCAUCACCAAGGGGCGUCCCUCUGCACAGGGCCAAGCGGACCGCCACGGGGACUCAGGGCUCGGGGCAGAGUGCCUGGAUGCUGUGCUGGCGGCCACAUGUGGCCCCAUGAUCCCCCACAGGAGCUUUCUAGACCAGGGGCUGGGGGGCCUCUGUGAUGGAUGAGCCAGGGGAUCCGAGUUUCUGGCUCCGCGGCCACGCGGCCCCUGUCGCUGUCGAUCCUGCUGUUUGUGUGAGAGUCCGGCUGAUGGGCCGACAGCUGCCCUGCCUUGACCCACCUGUCUGUGCCACGCCCUCCCCGGGGCCCCACGGCGCCCUUUUGCGUCCGCCCCACAGUCCUGCCCCUCUGCUCUUAGUGGUGCUGGCUCUGGCACGUGGGUGCCCCACCCACACUGCAAGCAGAAAAUCUAGAAGCUUCCGCAUAGUUGAUCGGAGACCACAGCAGCUGCUGCGCCCAAGACUGCUGGAGUCUGGAGCUCUUUCUGAACGUUAUGUGCCCGGCACGCUUGCCUAAAAGACCAGCAAAAUGGGGCUAGGGGCGGGAGGGGCCGCUUUGGCCCUGGGCAGGGGCCAGGUGCUCGAGACGCUGUGGAAGCCGGCCGACUACUCCCCUACUCCCGCGCGGUGUGCGGCCUGGCUCCCCGAAAGCCUGACCCCAGGCGUGGUGUUUGCUCCAGGGUGACCAGCCCAUGCUCCUGCCUGAGCCCGGGACACGCACACCAGUCACUGCCUGCCAGGCAGGCUGGCCACCGGAAGGGCUCAGCUGGCCGCCUGCCGUCCGACUCUUCUGGGGGGGUGGCCCUCGGCACCACACGGGACAGCGUGUGCUCAGGCUGGCCCUGGUCUGGCCUUGUAACUAGGGAGCCACCUGCCACUGGGGGGAAUCAGAUCGAAGGUUGCAGGGUCUUUAAUUAAUCCCGAAAGCUUUGAUUCCUGAAACCAUUCACAAAAUUAUUUAGUUUAUGCUAUACUCUGUAUCAAAUACCUUGAAAGCCUAAUAGUCACCUUCUACUAACAAGACCACAGAAGGAUGUUGGCUUGUUUCGGGAACAUGUGCCUCUGGGGACACGGAAUGCCGUGUCCUCCUUGUCCGCGUGACCGAGCAUGACGAAGCUUCCCCCUUGGCUGGACAGCCCUACGCCGUCCUGCGCGCCACUCCCAGAGAAGGGCCAGGAGCAGGUGCCUGAGGUUGGCCGUGGGCAGCUUGGUUAGCGGCCACUGAUGCCCCUGGCCCCCUCACCCCCAGAGGGACUCCUGCGGAGGCGUCAGCCGCCCUGGGGCUGAGGCUGUUGGAGGGCAGCGGGCGGGCCCCGGAGGGAAGGAGCGCACACAGCUGGUGUAGACGGCACAGGUCCGCGCCCACACGUACGGGCACCGGGGCCAGCAGAAGCCGGGCCCCGUGACGUGGGGGAAAGGCUGGAAACAGCCUCGUCUCUGCCUCAGUUUCCCUCUUCGUGACUUGAGGCUGGCAUUUCCUUAGGGCUCUUCCGGCCAAGGACUGAGGGCUUUGCUUCCUUGGAGCUCAGUCCGUGGAGGCUGGUGGUGGCCCCAGCGUGGCCUCCCACCUGAGCUCCCUCGAGGGCUGGGCCAGCACAGGCCAGGCUGCCAUGCGCCCCCUGACCACGUCCGCCACGGGCACGGCUGUCGCCACAUGCCUAAUCCCUUUACCGGCCACCGUCAACAGCGCAGAGUCCCCGACGGUCAGGGACUCUCCCGGGCCCCGGCCACUGCCGUCCACGCUCAGAUCUUUCCGUGUCUCCCCUCUGUGCCCUGGGGCCUCCCCCUGCCACCUUCACACGUGGCAUCUGGCUUCUCCUGAAACCCUCCUCCCACGCCCCUCCGAGGGGCACGGCGGGAAGUGAGACCGGACGGACACCGGACGAGAGUAGAGAUCCUCUGUGCGGCACCCUCGGGCCCAGGACGGAUGCCUCUCCCGUCGGGACGGGGGCGAGUCCCCACGAGGGCCCUGGGAUCGGACUCUCCAGCUGAGGGCAGGGGCAGCGGGGCCCCCCCCGCCAACACAGGUGAGCGUGGGGCGCCCCCAGCAGCCCGGGGCAGGGGCCAGGUGCCCAAGGGAGGAAGUCGUGCGAGCGCUCUGAGCGCCCCGAGAGCCGGGUCCUGGGGCGCUAAGGCUGGGGUUCCCGUCUGGGAGGGUUGGAGACCGGCCCUGCUCGCUGUGUCGGGAGGACGGCGUAACCGCGUGGAGCGGGGCAGCGCCUGGCGGGUGGAGGCAGCCCCGUGUGGGAGACGCGUGCCUUCAGGGGCCAGGGUCGGGAGGUCCUUUCCAAAGAGCCCCUGGAACGGCUGAAGCUCUGAAAGCCAGACUCCGUUUCUGUUUUCUCUGCCACGAGGUGGGGGGUGGGGUGCACCCUGAGUACGAGGGAGGGAAGGGCGGCGGCCCCACUCAGGUCCCCCCUGCGGGCAGCAAACCCGACCAGACCGGCCGCGCUCCCGUAGCCCGGCUGUGUCGGACAGACGCCCCGGGUGUUCCCAGCCUGUUGUCCAGACAAACGGGCGCCGUGUGGUGGGCGACGGCCCAGGGUCCCAGGAAGAGGGAGGCCGGGUGCAAACCACUCUCUGUCUGGGGGUGAGGUCAGACGACUAACCAAGCCCAACAGUGAGGCCGCCAACAGACGCGUAACCGUGCGGGUACGGUGGUCUGGGCGGGAAGCCGUCUGCAGGGAGGUGGGGCAGCCGGGAGCCCAGAACCGAUCGGCAGCCAGGAACUGCGGCGGCAGGGCCAUCCCCGGGGACCCAGAGUCAGACACUCUGCCGGCCGUGGAUGCCUCUAGAAGCCGGGAGAGAGGGGAAACGGAUCGUCCCCUGGAGCCUCCAGGAGGAAGCAGCCCUGUGACAUCUCAGCACAUGAGCCCCCAGCCUGAGAGGACGAGCGGCCCCCAGGAGCGUGGUGGCAGUCUCCCCUCAGCUGGCAGCCUCUGGUUCCUGUGGACUCAGCCCCUCCGCGCCCACGCGGCUGUGACCGUGGCGGGUGCGGAAUGUGGGAAGCGGGUCUGGGCACAGGAACAGAGGAGUUUGGGGAGGGUCUCCGGGCACGGUCACUCAGCCGGGACAGGAGGCCCCACCUGUGUCCUUGCCAGCACCUCCCAGCAAUCCUGCGUUCGCUUCCCUCUUCUGGGUCCCAGGUCGGGGCCGUUCGGUGGGGAAAGCACCGAGGGGGCGGCCAGGGCACCCGCACGACAGCCCACGUGCCUCUCAGAGCCUGUUCCACGGGCAAGGCAGGGACAAGCGCCCACGCCUGAGGCAGAAGGACUUGGUGGAAAUCUCAUUCCCGAAGGUCCCUCCCUGUGCCUGGUGCAGGCGGCAGGCUUGGCAAGGGGUUUGCUCCUUGGCCCUCAGCCCCUAACAGGUGGCUUUUCUGGGUCCUCUCUCCAGGGGCCCAGCCCCAGGAGCGGGGGCACGGGAACAGGAGCUCAGGACGGCCGGGGGCCCGGGGGGCUCAGGCUGCAUCUGAGAAGCGGGGCCCUUCCUGCAACGCAGCCACGGCCCAGCACGGAGCAGGUACCAGGAGGGCAGCUCCCACCUGACCUGUUCUCCCCCGAGACCACGCGGCCCCUCUGAGGGGGGCUGGGGCAGGUGGCCGGCCAAGGCCCUCCCUGAAGGCCCCACCCCCCUGCGUCUGCUGGCAGGUGGAGUUUCCCCACCGCGUGUCAAGUGUAAGGGAGUGAGCACAUGCCUGCAGGGCAGGGCGUCCUUGUGCACGUGUGUGCAUGGUGGGGACUGCGUGUAGGGUCCACGCAUGUGCGCGCUCCUGCACGUAGUGGCCCUGGCCCCACCGCAGCCCCUCCCACACGGGCCGCGUCUCGUCAUCGGCUUGCCAGUCACGUCGUCGCUAACAGUCUGCUCGUAGAUACACGGCCGUCCAAUUACUCCUUAAGGGUUACAGGCCAUUAAGCUGUCAGUCUGCUUCAUUCCGGCCCAUCGGCACUGUCCCCACCAGCACACAAUAACCAUUAAAAUGACACCAGGAACAAGCAGCCGCGCCCACACGGCGUCCGUGACGUUCCCAUUAGCGCCUGCCUCAAUGAGGAAGGGCCGCUUCUGAGAAGACGAUGUCACACUGCGCCAGCCGGACGGGCGGCCCGCUGAGCAGACACACUGAUGGGUGUAUACACACACACAUAGGUACGCUCACAGACACACAAAUGUUUACAAACAACACCGAUCUGGGCUCUGAAGCCUCCUGCCAGGUGUCGGCUGCCCCUGGGCCCCCAGUGACCAGUGAGGGCCAGAUGAGGGUCAGGGAUAGCUCAGAGACGUGCUGGGAGCCGGCAGCAGCUGGCAUGGGGCUCCAGCCCGGGACCCUGUUGCCCCUAAGCAGCCUGCAUGUGGACCCUGCUUCUCCCAGCCCCAGAAUGGUGACAUCUCUUCACAGUGGCUCAAGUACGUUUUUCAGAACCACUUUAAACACUGAGGACAGAAGAAAGAAGACCGGCCAGUGCCGUGUCCACCCGGCCUGUUGGGUCUUAGCCUCGGGCAGGACUUGCCUCAGAUCCUUUUCGAGAAGUAACGACAGCAGUCCCAGCCUCCGUCCCACACUCAGGAGCCGAACACACGGUGCCCGGUGCUCGUGAUAUGUUCUCUCAGAGUGACACAAAUCUGCCACUGAGUUCAUGCUGUUCUGCUGCUGGCUGUGUUUGUGGACCUAAGCUCUGAGUUGCCAUGUGGAGGCCCACCCGUCUCACGGGUGGAUUGCAUGGUCGUAGGCACAGGCCUCUUCCCAAAAAGACCAUGUCAUGUAGACAGCCUCCAGCAGACAAGACGCCGUAUCUCGCCUCCACGCAAAACAGACAGACUUUAAAUCUUUGCCACGGUGCUCGGUGUCAAAUAGGAUCCCUUUAUUUUAAUUUGUACUCCCCUAAUUGCUGCUUAGGUGGAGUAUUUUAAUAUGUUUAUUGUCCAUUUGAAUUUUUUAUUCUGUGAA